AUGAUAGCCGUAGUGAUGUGCAGUGUCGAGCUGAAGUCUAGACACCUUCUCCAUUCGACAUAUAAAUUGUUCUUAAUGUCAGUCGUAUCCCAACACUCAGGAGUUAUGCUGCAAAGCUUAGCUUACAUACGAUAUGCUGCUAAUGGAUUUGGCACUGAGAAUGCUAAGAUUGUUGGUCAAUUCCUCUGCGGUCUAUCAGAGAUGUCGUUUCUUUUACUUUUGGUAUUAAUGGCUAAGGGUUACACUAUAACCAGAGGUCGAUUGAAGGUCGGGUUCACAGUCCGAUUGACUGUGUUCAUGUGCUGUUAUAUCGUCACUUAUAUCGUGCUGUUUAUAUAUCAGGCUAAGGCGUUCGACCCAGGUGAAGUGUUGUACUUAUACGAGAGUCCAGCUGGAUACGGUCUGAUCGUGCUGAGGAUCCUCGCAUGGUGCAUGUUCGCGUACUCCACCUUCUUCACUGUCAGGAAGUACCCAGAAAAGAACAUGUUCUACUGUCCGUUCUUCAUCUGCGGCACUCUGUGGUUCUACGCGGGACCUCUGUUCAUACUCACUGCUAAUACUUACAUAGAUAAAUGGGUGCGAGAGAGUGUGGUGACUGCUGUCCUAUUGUUUAUAACAUUCUGCGGACACAUUAUGUUUCUGUUGCUGACAUUACCAGUGUUUGCGAAUAAGAACUUCCCUUAUCAUGUGCGGACCACACAAAUUGGAGUUUUGGAGGUCACUGGUAAUUCAGCUCUCGAUGGCUUCGGUCCUAACGCCUACCAUCCUACCAAUGCGCCACCACAAACUGUAAUUAUACCAUUGACUAGACGUACAGAAGAGUUAAUAGGAAACAUGUACAACCAAUACAUGGCGACUGCACCCCCGCUCUCCUUGGAAGACCAGCCCCCAAAACUAAAGAAUAUACCAAGGAGAAUAGACUCAAUAUCUCCAAAACAUCAUCUGAUAUCACAAGACAGCACAGAAACGAACUCAUCAGCUGAUAUAAAACCAUAA